GUGCAUUGGAGACGUGGAGAACUUCCCAGGUAGGCCAGCUUCAAUGCCUUAUCGUCACUGACAGAGAGUUUCUUGCAAAUAAUUAAACGGAGAUCCUCCUGGGACAAGCCAGCAAGAGAGCUAAGAUGGAUGCAAUUUCCAAGCGGUUGGAGGGCAAGAUUGACUUUCGGGGGCAGAGACUCAGUGACCGGAUACAGCAAGAGUCGCUCGUUUUUGCAGCGGUAGCAGCCUUCAUCGUCGGCUGGUUGCUCCAAUCAUUAGCGCUCACUCUCUAUAUCUACACGUUCUUCUUUGUUGUUACGAUGAUUAUCUGCAUCCCACCAUGGCCCAUGUACAAUCGCCACGAUACCAUGUGGCUAUCUGAUGGUCCGAAAGGAAACGAAAAGAAGACACAAUGAUGGCAGGCAAGGGGACAGAAAGGAAACAAGGGUCGGGGUAUGCGAAUCGUCUGCAGUGAUACGCUCAGCCUCACACUUAGCUUGUAGUCGUCCGUACGGUGCAGUCACGGCAAUCAGGUAUACCAGGAUGAUCUAAGCUUGUAGCACAGAGUCACUUAUAUUACUCCGACAUCGACCAUG